AUGGGCAAUGGUAUGGUUGAACGCUUCAACCGGACACUGCUUAAUAUGUUGGGAACACUCCAACCAGACCAGAAAUCAGAUUGGAAGACCUAUGUACCUCCCCUUGUCCACGCCUAUAACAGCAUCCGGCAUGAAUCAACAAACCAGUCUCCAUUCUUCCUUAUGUUUGGUCGUGAACCUCGUCUGCCCGUAGAUCUUGCUUUUGGGAUCGAGACCAACAAGAAUCAUCAGUCUCUGACAGUUUAUGCAAAGUCUCUGAAGAAGAAGCUCCAAGAAGCCUAUGACCUGGCGUCAAAGGCAUCAGAGACUGCCAAAGGCAAACAGAAAGCCAGCUACGACUUGAAGACUAGAGGGGCCACGGUACAGACAGGUGAUCGAGUUCUGGUGAAAGCCUUAGCCUUUGAUGGUAAGCACAAGUUGGCAGAUCGCUUGGAGGAAGAUCCUUAUGUUGUUCUCUUGCAACCAAACCAGGAUAUCCCUGUGUUUGUAGUGCAGAGAGAAUCUGGUGAGGGGAGGAAGAGGACGUUGCAUAGAAACCAUCUCCUGCCCAUUGGAUCAGUACCAGCGAUCAUGGAUAACAACUCUGUACGAGCAGCCAAGAAACCAACUCCUAGACCAAGAAAGAUCGUGAAGAAGACUAUAGAAGAGGAUAUCCAGGAGGAUAAAGAGUCUGACUAUGAUGCUCCAUUCUAUUUUCCAGCAGGUGCUGAGGAUGCUACCAUCAUCAGUGAAGACACUGUGGAAGAGAGUGCGGCUACUUCAGAGACAACAGGUGACGUUCUACAGUCUCUUGGAGUAGUAGGUGAUGCUUCUGGUGGUGACGACCACAUACCUGAAGAAGACAGCAGCACAGAAGCAGAUCCUGAAGCAGUGCAACCACCAGAAAACACUGAAGAGGAGCCGGAAGACUCAGUCAGAGAAGAGCUACCUCCCCCUGUACCACCUGAUGCUAAUCCUCAACCCAUACCUGCACCAAGAAGAACUGGUAGACUAACAAGGAAGCCUGCCUGGCAAACCUCAGGAGAUUAUGUAAUGUGCCAGACUUCUGACCCAGACUGGCAGCAGAGGAGUCGACGCCUGGAACAACUGGCAGCGACCGGCAUUUUAGGACACAUCAGCACCAGCAUCUCCAAGGCAUUGCUUUCCCUUGUUGAUGAAGAACCGGAAUGA